UUCUCUUAUAAAAUCAACCAUUAUAGCCACACCCACAAUUCUAUGCUAGUAAAUUAGGUCGUAUUUUUCGAGUUGCCCAGUAUGAAGAAAAAGAAAAGAAAGAAGAAACAAAAUGGUGAUUUAUGUUGAUGUAAUUGGUAUGAGCGGAAUCGGAAAACAAGAACUUGUAUAUAUUCUAUCAUGAAGCCGCAAAAACUUGGAAAACCACGCAGGUACUCUGUCUACACUUUCGUAAACAUGGUGAAAAUUGAUGUAAAGUCACAUUUGAGAACUUGACUUGGUUGGAUUAUUUUCUUCUUUUGCAACUGUUGAUAGUUUAAGGGUCUUGGCUUGGUUUCCUCCAUGGGUAAAUCCUUUAAACACGACUACAAGAGGCGGUUUCCUUGUACCGAUUUUCCGAGUUCAGCCGAGCUGGAAAUGAAGGGAUGGGGAUAAUAAAAUAUCAUGAAUCGCAGGGCCGGGCCUGUUCCACAGAAUCUGAAUCAACUCUCUACUAAGCUUACCGGAAUUAGUCUCAAAUUCUAUGAAACUUUACCAACAGUAAUGUGCGUUUAUCUGUAUUACGGAACAUUUGCAUAUCUCAAAAUUAAUCAAAAAUUCAAAAUUUGCCGGUUUCAAGAUUGAUUUUCAAAACCGUAGCUGUAAUUUUGAGCAAGGGAAGGAGGGUGGAAAGUAACCUUUUGUCGGGUGUGAUAAUCAUUUUUUGAGGGUAAUUUAGUCAUACUACAAAAAUAAUGAUCAGAGCUCUGCAAAACACUGAGAUUUUGAGAGAAAACACUCUGAGCUGCUAUUGAGCUGCCCAGUGAUUCAGAAGAAGAAAAGAAAUCACUGAAUUUCACAUUUAUUUCAUGUAAUUAGGAAACCCAAGUCACCAGAACCUGAUCUUGGCUUUAUUUUUCAGUCAAUUUUGAGAAUUUUAUGUGCUAGAGGGGGUUAGGGUAUAACCCGCUUUACUAGACAUUUUGCUGAAAAUUUCUGAUUCCUGGUGGGAAUGAAGCAUUCUGGUUUUCGAUUGCUUGUUAUAAAUGAGUACCAGGCAAUUCGGUGAAACACUUCAUAAGAGUGGACUUACCUGUUCCUGCACUUUCCAAUCCAAGUAUCAAGUGACUCAGCAAAGCAUUUGCACGGGAGUUUAUUCUGUCUGUAGAUCGUGUUGUUAUUGUUUCCCGUAGGUGCCAAUUCAACCUUUUGUUUUUUCUGUUCACCAAUCAACUCAUUUUUUUACUGCAUGGUUUAAUGAAAGAACACAACUUGAUGGAGAAGCAUCGAUGGAUAUGCAUCUCCGAUGUUUAGAUGAAAGAACACAACUAUUGCAUUUCCUUACAGAUAACAAAUUUUAUUUAUUUUUUUCUUCGUCAGCCUCCCACUGCUGCAGCAGUCAUCUAGUUAUUAGUAUGACUCGGGUUUCUAAUUCAACUGUGGUUUCUUAAGGUGUUUCAAACAGAUAUAAUAUGAGUGCUCUUCAACCAUUGGUUCGAAGAGGGAGUGCGAAAAUAAUCAAGGAUGACACUGUUUGUAAUCAUGUUGUAGCAGAAGCAACAAAGGUUGCUGCGACUUACCAGUCUCACAACAUAGAUAAUAAACUUGUAGUAGCUCUGGGGCAAGUUCCAGUUACAGCAACUACAUGCACGGAGUCGAAGUUGAGUUCUUUGUCAUCCUGUGAUACAAAGGGUAGUGGAAAACUCCUGGAAUGUUGCCUUAGAGACAUACUCAAAGUUAUCCAACCAUUAGGUGGAGAUUUUACAGCUCGAUACACCAUCAUCAAUGACUUACGGACCGUUGUCGGAUCUAUCGAUAGUUUAAAAGGUGCAACAGUUGAGCCAUUUGGAUCAUUUGUGUCCAAUCUCUACACUAAAUGGGGAGAUUUGGACAUAUCUAUCGAAGUACCCUGCGAUUCACUUGUUUCGUCGACUGACAAAACAAAUAAACAGAAUUUUCUGAGAGAGAUAAGGAACGUCUUGAGGAGGAGAGGUCUGGUCCAUGAUUUGCGACUUCUCCUUCAUGCAAGAGUCCCCGUUCUAAUAUUUGAGAGCAACCUCCACAAUAUCUCUUGUGAUAUCUCAAUCAGUAAUCUGCUGUGCCAAAUGAAAUCUAGAUUUUUCUUUUGGAUUACUGAAAUAGAUGAGCGAUUCCGUGAUAUGGUUUUACUGAUCAAGGAAUGGGCCAAGUCACAACAAAUCAAUGAUCCAAAAAAUGGAACGCUGAACUCACAUUCCCUUUGUCUGCUUGUUAUUUUCCAUUUCCAGACAUGUGAACCUCCAAUUUUACCUCCGCUAAGGGAAAUUUACGAGGGGAAUGUUGCCGACAAUCUUACAGGUACGAGGGCCAUCGCAGAAAGAGCGAUACAAGACACAUGUACUGCUAACAUACAAAGGUUCAAAACAAAUAGUUUCAGAAAUGUAAAUAGAAGCUCUCUGUCUGAGCUUGUCGUUUCAUUUUUUCGGAAGUAUUCUAAUCUGAACAUGCUGGCAUCAGAGUAUGCAAUUUGCACUUACACGGGGCAAUGGGAACACAGAAGUAACAGUACUAAGUGGACUAACGACUAUCCUCUAUUUAUUGAAGAUCCGUUUGAGCACGCAGAUAAUACAGCAAGGACGGUUUCCAUGAGUGAACUAAGCAGGAUAUGUGAAGUAUUCGAUGAGGCUUAUCAAGGACUUGUUUCCUCUAACCAUGAUAGAACUUCUCUGAUCUGCAGUCUAGUUAGACAUCCUAUCAGCACAAAGGUUAUUUCGCCCCAUAGUAAUCCAGGAUUGCUCAGUGGAGCUUCUACAAGACACCCUCCGCUCUCAGGACUGUUCAGGGGAGGUACUGCAAGAUACCGUCCUCUAUCAGAUGCACCGCCCCCUUUUAGGAAUCAGUUUAACCAUAUGCAAACUGAAAGCGAUGAAGCAACAAUUAUCGCUAUCCGCAGAGAGUUAGCACAGCUCAUGCUCAAAGCCAACACCAGAAACAAGCCUAGAUCUGUCAGAUGAUGAAAGCAUUCCAGGUGAUGCAGAGUUCAGGUCAAGUCUGUCUGAAGCAGGGAGAUCUUCCCUUUGCUUCAAGUAGUUGAUGUUAAAACACUUGGCACAAGUAAAUCAUUCAGAUAUUAUAAAUUCGCAGAACUACAGAUCUUUCAGUGA